AAAAUUAUGUAACUAUAUUUAAAACAGUAAAAACACAACAAAGUUAUAUGGAAGAUAAAGAUCUCAAGUUCUUCACUGCACUGAGUAUAUAUUUAGAGGAAUGCAACUGAUCAUCCUUCGUAUAGUUUUAUCUCUUAUACUAGACGCGCGUGUAUACCUCUUGUGAAAUACACGUGGAUUGCGAUAAACAUAUUGCACACUAAACAGGAGUAAGUUAUCUCGCAAGUUAUUUUGAAAAAUUUUUUUAAAGUGGCGUUCUCUAGUUGAGGCUUUCCUUAAAAUUUAUUUUGCAAUUUAAUUGCAAAUAAAUUGACAAAUAUGAAAUUCAUUCUAUUUGCGCUUGUAAUUGUUAUGACAUUCUUAGAAGGAAAAUCGCUUUUCUGGCAGGAUAUAUCAUUUCUUUACAACAAAUUUCUAAAUUUUGUUAUUCCUAAGGAUUUUGAUUUAAUAAGAGUAAGAAAAAUCGAUCCAACCAAAAGAAUAAACAAUGCAGAAGUAUUGGAUUUCAUUGGCCUGGUAGGACAAUAUAAUUAUCCCGCGGAAGAGCACAACGUUACAACAGAAGAUGGUUACAAUUUAGUAAUACAUAGGAUACCUGAAAGUCCAUUGUUGAAUAACAAAAAAAAGAAAAAAGUUGUAUUUAUCUUACACGGUAUUAUGCUUUCAUCUGACAACUGGGUGCUGUAUGGUCCUGGCAAAGACCUUGCAUUCUUAUUAGCAGAUCAAGGAUAUGAUGUGUGGAUUGGAAAUAUGAGAGGAAAUACUUAUUGCAGAUCUCAUGCAAAUAUGACAGUAUACGAUCCUAAAUUCUGGCAAUAUAGCUUUCAUGAAGUUGGAACAAAAGAUUUGCCGGCUAUGUUUGAUUACAUCUUUAAUCAUACAAAACAAAAAGAUUUGUAUUAUAUCGGUUAUUCGAUGGGAGGUACUUCGUUAUUUGUUCUUCUGUCAAUAAAACCGGAAUACAAUACAAAAAUAAAAAUGGCUAUUUGUCUGGCUCCACCUGUUUUUCAUAUGGAAGCAACAUUUACAGUUAAAGAAAUGUUUAACAGGCUACCAAUACUGAAGGAAAUUUUAGGUAAACAUGAAAUAUACGAUUUUGCACCUCAAUCUUUAACGACUGUUACAGUAGCAAGAAUGUUAUGUAAUGAUAAUGCGAUAACUCAGGUUAUUUGCAUCGCUGUAUUCUUCUUUAUCGCUGGUCCUGAUCCAAAACAACUUAAUACUACAACCCUACCAGAUAUAAUUUCUCAUUGUCCAGCCGGCACUUCUAUACAAACAUUGGAGCAUUAUCACCAAAACAUGCUAAUGAAUGACUUUCGAAACUAUGAUUAUGGAAUAGCUGAAAAUUAUAAGCGAUAUAAACAGGAAAUGCCUCCACGUUAUGAUCUCAAAAAGGUUACUGCUCCGAUAAUUUUAUUUUCCGCAGAAAAUGAUAUGUUAGUUCCAGAAAAGAAUAUACUUGAACUUAGUAAACAUUUACCAAACGUUCUUCUUACUGAGAAGGUCCCAUAUAAAUUCUUCAAUCAUCUUGAUUUUAUGUGGGCAAUCGACGCAAAAAGCCUUGUAUACGAUCGUAUGUUAGAACUAAUUCAAAAGUUUGACACUAACUAAAAUAUACAAAAUAAAUUUAAUCAACGAAUCUAAAUUUAUAAAAAGAGAGAAAUUUCAAUCUCUCUUUAUAUUGUAAUUUAAAAUAAUUGAUGAACAUUCAAAUAAAUAUUGAAACAAAGCAAAACUUGAAACGAAGAGUUACUAAAAAAAGAAUUAGCAAAUCGUACAUAUUUGUAGUUGCAAAAUUAAUUGUCCGAAUACGAUACGAAAGUUCAUUUUAUAUACUACAAGUUUACCAAGUAAUAUAAUUUUUUUGGAGAAAACACAAUUGAAAAUAAAAACUCUUACCAUUUCCAUCAAAA